UGAGGGCUUAUAAAGUUAUAAUUGAAUUUGGAGUGAAUUUGAUGGCUGAAUUAGGUGCUCCCAGGGUGUAUAGCUGCUUUAAUUGUAGAAAUCAAGUUUGUCUUCAUGAUGAUAUUAUCUCCAAAGCUUUCCAGGGAAGAAAUGGCCGUGCUUUUUUGUUUUCCCAUGCUAUGAAUGUUGAGGUUGGACCUAAAGAAGAUAGGCAGCUCAUGACUGGCCUUCAUACUGUUGCUGAUAUCAAUUGUGCGGAUUGUCAACAAGUAUUGGGGUGGCAAUACUUGCGUGCUUACGAAUCGUCGCAGAAAUACAAGGAAGGGAAGUUUAUCUUCGAGAAGUCCAAAAUCGUCAAGGAAGAUUGGUAGCUUCUUUAACAAGGUCUUCCUUGUUUCAUUCAUCCCCUCAUUGCUCUUUUGUAAGUUUAAAAGUGCUUUAUGUUGUUACCCUGUAUAGAAGCUGUUUAUCCUAAGUGUUUCUUCUUGUCAUAUGAUGUGCUGUUCGUGGUGCUCUCAGCUGUCGCCUUCAUUAAUUGUGAAUAAAUAGGAUUGUUCUUUGCGUGUACUUGUCGCUAAUAAAUUGGAUUGAUCAUCUGUUAA